CUGAUCUACCAGAUACAUGUAUUGUUUCGGAGUUCCCUCAGACGGUUGUCGUUUGUUUGCUCAAGGCCAUGCAAGAAGGACAAACUGAAGCCAGAGAGAGGUUUCCUCGCCUCUUGCAAAUUGCUGAACUCUACCCAGAAGUCAUUGGUGUUUUCAACAAAAUGGCUGCAGAGAUUCCCAGCUGGAUGUUCCUGAUGUGGGUCAGCCAGAUGACUGCCUUGUUAGACAAGAAGGAAAUGGUCGUUGUUGGACCGUUGAUGCUGCGAAUAGCAGAUGACUAUCCUCAGGCACUAAUCUAUGCUUUCCGGAUGAGCUCUGAAGGUUUCCAGUUUGAAUCUUCACCAUCGCUACAAGAGAACAGAAAAUUAGUGGACAAGCUAAAUCAAAAGACUGAUAAAGUUUUAGUGAAUAAAUUCAUCUCUGCAUUGGAGCAGUUUGGCCAGCCUGAUCUGAUCUUCAAGGAUUGGUGCUCUGAUGUGAUGAAACUACUCUCCGCUGCGACUAGGUCCAAGAAUGAAAUCAUGAGGAAAUAUACAGAAAUUUACAAUGAUCUUUUCAAUGUCAAGCCUGCAGUGAGUGAUGCACAAGGAACACAAACCAAUGUUAAUUCUACAUCUGCUUCUGUCGACAUGGGGGACUACAGGAAAAGGUUUGCUGAAGCAUUCAAAGAAGAAUUUGACAAACUGUGUGGGAAAAAUGGAGAAAAGUUGGCAAGCAUGAAUAAGAAG